AUGAUCUAUGUGAUCUCGAGCUCCAUCCAAGAUAUCUAUCCCUCCUCCUCCUCCUCCUCCUCCUCUUCCUCCUCCUUCCUGGGAACUGAUGCGUUGCGAGCUCUUUCUCCUGUGAUUCGAGUAACCAUAGGGUGGGCGGUGCUGUUGUAUACCUUCCUCUUCUACCAGUCCUGGACCAAGUUCUAUGCGCACAAGAAGAUGAAGGACGACAGUAAGAAAGACACUAAGCCUCCCUCCUUGAUGGAUGUCAAGUACAACUCCGCAGCAGGCAGCAAGUAUCUGGCAUUGAACGGCGAUCGCACGGUGGGAAACAUGCUCGAACAAUCUACAGCUUUCCUCGUGGCGUUAUGGAUGCAUGCUCUCUUCAUCAACGUCAAGUCGGCUGCUCAACUUGGUUGGGUCUGGCUCACGUUCCGAGGACUGUAUCCCCUUGUGUUUGACCUGGGCGUGCCCUGGCUGCUGGUUUCGACUGUUCCUGACUACUUGGUGAUCGCAGCACUCUUGCUUCCUGUCUGUCAGAUGGUUUUGUGA